AAACUGGUAAAUAAUCUUCACUUAUUUAUGUUAUUAUGAUUUAUAAGCAUCGUGCGAAAGAAAAAAAGAACCUAGAAAAUAUAGGGAGGACAAAAUUGAAAUACCAAAUGGGAACAGUGAGAGUGAAUUCGGAUAGCGCUUUCCCUGGGCGGUAAUCACCACGCCAUGUUGAUGUGUGGAUCGCCCAUGAUCCGAAGAGUUAAUUAACUUCAUUUUAAACUCAUAUGAUCAUAAAAGAUGACUACAGUUCUGAAGUCUGCAAUAGUUAUUGGGACAGUGGCAAAGGCAUGUCGACUGAAAGUUCCUCAACAAACAAGACAAAUAUUGGCUGCACAACUCCCUGCCUCUGAACAGAUGAGGUUCAAACACUGGAACCCUAAAUUCAGAGUACUCAGAGGGAAAAAGAUCAUAAAGGUGGAGCUGCCCAACUUCAACGAGGACGAGGAGGCCAAGCAGCUGAGCCCGGACGAGAUCCGUAAGAAGCUGAAGGAGAAGGGCAUGCUGCCGCCGCGGCCUUGGCAGGAGCGCACCAUGAGCAUCGGCUGCACGGGUGGCGUGUUCGAGGAGUACGUGCCGCCCGAGGGCGACGGCAAGGUCUCCAUCGUCUCCACCACGGGUGCCAAGCAGCGGCUGACGGCGCUGGAGAAGAAGGGCAAGUCGAUGCUGUCCGUGCGCAAGAUCCGCAGCUACGACGAGGAGUUUGACGUCGGCGAGUUCGCCGAACAGGCGGUGGAGAUCUACAAGGCGGCCCACCAGGCGCUCACGGCGCGGGACAAGGCCACGCUGCACGCCAACGUGACCGAGCUGGCCUACCCGAAAAUGAUGCAGAACGUGCGCCACAAGACGGUCCGAUGGCAGCUACUCAAGUCGCUGGAGCCGCCGCGAGUGGUUCACGUACGCCACACGGACAUCCUGAACAAAGAGAACGUGUUCGCUCAGGUGACGGUGCGGCUGCACACACAGCAGCUGCUGGCUAUCUACGACCGGUUCGGCCGUCUCAUGUACGGCUCGGAGGUGGUGGGCAAGGACGUACUCGAGUACGUCGUCUUCGAGAAACACCUGGCGGACGAGUACGGACGCUGGCGCAUCCACAGCAAGGUGGUGCCGGACUGGAUGCCGGCCAGGGACCCAGUCACGCGGACAUGGCGCAAAGAGCCGGUUCCGCCGCCGGAGGAGGGGGAGGCGGAGCCGGAGAAGGGCGACCAGGGAGCAGAGACCGGAGAGAAGGCGGCCGCAGCGGCCAGCUAGGGGUAGAGGGAUGCACUGAGAGGGUGAAAGCGGAAUGGGUGGACGACGUGACAGUCCGACAGAGCGUAUGAGUCAGCGAGAAUGGAAUGCUGAUUGACGGAUGUCUCAUUAUAGUGUUGUUUUGUGAUGCUCACAUGUGUGCUGAAAAGGAAUACAGUCAGAAGUGUCAGGUACUUA